AACAGAUUACAGAAAUCGGAACUAGCGUCUCCUUCUGGAUUGCUAAUAGUAUUACCGGCGUUAAAUUUCAUAGAAAAAAUAUCUUUGUGUGAAAAAGUUCUGAAGCAUAUUAAAGAAAUUUCAAGAUGAGUGAUCAUGAAACUGAACCUGAGCAGUUUCGCAAGCUUUUUAUUGGAGGUUUGAACUACAAAACGUCUGAAGAGACAUUGAAAGCUCACUUUGAACAAUGGGGUGAAAUUGUGGAUUGUGUUGUGAUGCGAGAUCCACAUACAAGAAGAUCCCGUGGGUUUGGAUUUGUUACUUUCAAACGUGCCCAUAUGGUUGAUGAUGCUCAAGCAGCUAGACCUCAUGAAGUUGAUGGUAGGGAAGUAGAGCCUAAGAGAGCUGUACCUAGAGAGGAUUCUGGGAAACCAGAAGCUCAAAUAACUGUCAAGAAAUUGUUUGUUGGUGCUUUGAAGGAUGAUGUAGAAGAGGAAGAUCUUAGAGAUUAUUUUAGUCAAUAUGGUAAUGUUGUGAGUGUCAGCAUUGUUACUGAUAAGAACACUGGCAAGAAACGAGGUUUCUCAUUUGUUGAAUUUGAUGACUAUGACCCUGUUGAUAAGGCUGUGUUAAGAAAACACACAAUCAAAGGUAAAAAAGCAGAAGUGAAGAAAGCAUUGUCCCGACAAGAAAUGGAUAACAUCAAGAGGACUAAAGAGAUGAAAUCAUAUGGAGGCCGAGGUGGUAGUGGAGGUGGUGGUGGCUAUGGAGGAGGAUACGGAGGUGGAGAUAAUUAUGGAUAUGGUGGUCCAAGUGCGUGGGGAAAUGGAGGUGGCUAUGGUAAUGGCUAUGGAAGUUCUGAUUAUGGCUCUGGUGGAGGUGGCUGGGGUGGAGAUUAUGGAUCCAGCUAUGGUGGUGGCCCUGUCAGAAGCAGUGGCGGUUAUUCGCAAAGGAGUCAAGGACCAUAUGGUGGUGGUGGUGGUAGAGGAAAAGGCUCUAGCUAUUCAGGUGGUGGUGGUGGAUAUUCUGGCGGACGAAGUGGGGGUUAUGGUGGAUACCGGCGAUAAAUCAGUUUCAGUUGCAGUCUUGGGGAACGUUUUAAACUGUCAUAGCCAGCCUCCCCGCAGUAUAAGCCAAUACGCAGUAGGUGAUAGCAGUUAGAAGAGAGUUCGUGAAAGAAUUGAAGUAAAAUAGGCAGGAACAGGAUUUUGAGGAUUCAGCUAGGUCUAGUUCGUCAGUGCCAGAGAGAAAGGAACGAGUUAGCUUCACCUACAAUUUAUACUGUGUCUUCAAUUUUACAUUCCAAAUUUAAUAGUUCAGGCCAACUUUUUAUUUUAAUUCCCCAAGACUGAAUCUCGAUGUAGCUUUUCAAUAUUUUUCACCAUUACAUUUUAAAUCCCAUUAUUGUAAGACGUGCAGAAAGUGAAUGUGAAUCUGUGUGACAUAUUGCAUGUUAGAACUUAUCAUCUCAAGACUUUUUACUUAAAUAAAUAGGUGUGUUUAAGUUAGGUGUUUUAGCUUUCUUUAAAAGAUUAUGACAGCUUAAAAAUUUCUCUUAAGCUUUUUUUUGGAAUCUGAAUUAUUUUUCCUCCCCUGUGUUAGCUUGACUCUUUUUGGUUUGCACAAAUUAUUUCUGAGUUGUAGAGUAGUUUUUAUUUUUUUGUGUGUAGAACAAAUAUCUUAGAUUGGAGCUAUUUGUUUUUGUUUGCACGCAUGUAUUUAUUGCAAGCAUAUAAGCUUAUCGACGUAUCUUACUGGAAAGAAAGUUAAGAAAACUCAUUGCAUUAAAACAAAAGCAAGCAAUAUUUAUUUUAAUGCUAAAAUGCUGCCAAUUCAUGAAAUAAAUUUUCUAAUCCUCAUAGUUUAGUUUUGAUUUUGUACAAAGAUUGGAAAUUUUUUCUAAGUCAUUUUAAACUAAAUAUAAUGGCAUAAAGAUAAAUGUAGCUUGGAUUUUUAACAAUUUUUAUCUUAAUUUUUUUUUCCUUAUAUGUCCUAUAAUUAUCAAACUAUUUGAGUUAUUAAGAUUAAUUCCUUCUGCCUUUUUGAUGAUAUAAGGAUGAAGAAUUUAUCUCUUAGAGAAUUUAUCUCAAAUUUCUUGCAUCCCAGCAUUUUUUUUAGAAACUUCUCUUAUAGGUUGUUUCUUCACUCUUGUAUCAUUUACUUGACUUCACUCUUAUCAUUUACUCUUGUCCCACUUGCCUCGAAAUUUUUUUAUUUUUUAUUUUCAUAUUUAAAGAUAUUUAAGUUUUGUAUAGAUUUGAAAUUUAUGUUGCUAAAAAACCCUGCUUAUUAGCAAUGCAGAGUGCAUUAUUAAAUUAUUUCUGAAGAGUAAAUAUAGUUUUAUAUUUUAUUUAAUGUAGAUUUUCAUUUUGUUUAAAUGCUUUGUAGCAAAUUAGAGCAAAGCGAUUAAAUUCAAAAUGCUUCGAAAAUUUUGUCAUAUUAAAAGUUUUAUUAUAUAUCAAAAUGGAUCAUAUGAAAUAUAAAUGAAUAACAUUUACAGGUUUCUACCUUGGAGAACAUCUUUUAAUAUAUAUUUUAUUAUUUUGCAGAAAUUAGUUAUUCCUGAUGCAAAUAAAAGUGA